AUGGGUCGAGCAAAACUAACACUGGAACUGAGAAAUAACAAGAAGGCACGCCGUGUAACUUUUGAAAAGAGAAGGAAAGGUUUGGAGAAGAAGGCUUAUGAAUUGUCAACGCUAUGUGGAGUCAAAAUAGGCAUGAUUCUCUACGGGCCAUCAGAAGGUGACGAACCAGUCGAGCCAACAAUUUGGCCCGAAAAUCGUGAAGAGAUUGAAAACUUGAUCAGCUCCUACAAGAAGAGAUCAGACGAUGACUGCAGACAAAGAACCUACGAUUUGUCAUUUUUUUUCAAGGAUCAAGUGAAGAAAGUUCAAGAAGAGCUUGUGAAAACGCGCAAAAAGAACAAUGAAACUAAGUACCCAGUUUGGAAUGCAACGUAUGAUAACUUGACAUACGAUGAGCUGAAAUACUUUGGUAGUCUUCUGCAGGCUAAGAUUGAGAAUGUCAAGUCUCGAAUUAAUUUGUUGAAUCAGAAUCAAAUAGAUGCUCAAUCACUUCAAGAAAAUAUAGACGCCUACCAAAGUAAGUUGUAUUAUCAGCAGCAACAAUCUUUGAUGCCUACUUAUGAUCCACAACUUAUCGACGGCUCAUUCAAUAUGACUAAUCCAGGGCUAAUGAUGAUGCCAAUGAAUGAUGGUGCAUCGAACAGUAGCAGCAACUAUAUGUGUAACGCUGAAGAUACUUACGGAAAUUAUACGUAUAGCAAUGGCGAUGAAAUCCAGGGCAAUUAUAUGGAUAUUAGUGGCGGUGAAAUCCCGGUUUCCCAUGAUUUAGGGUUCGGGGUGCUAGACAAUGUUCCUUUUCCCAAUGCUGAGCCGCCACUGAGAUGCUGUUAUUUCCCAAACUUGUAUCCAAUGCCUCAGUACUCGCAAUAUCCCAUGUUUUCAAGUCCUGCCCUUCAACUGCAAGUCGCUAACACUAAUGAUUAUCAUCGGAGGCAUGAUUUUCAGCUCCAUAACCCAAUGUAG